UGUCUCUUGUUGUUGCCCAGCCUGCGCCUGUGUGUGGCUUCAGUUUUUUAGUUCCAACUUGUUAAAAAGCAUUUUCGAAUUUUCCUUUUCUUUUCAAUUUCUCGGAUUUCGAAUUCGGAUCGAAAAUUGGAAACUCUAGCUCCGGUUCUAUGAUUUAAGAGACCCGAUCCGUGGAAUUCCGCAUGGAGCGCAUCGUCGGCGGCAAGUACAAGCUCGGCCGCAAGAUCGGCAGCGGAUCGUUCGGUGAAAUCUUCCUAGCUACUCACACCGAGACUUUCGAGAUCGUCGCCGUUAAGAUUGAGAACAGUAAAACAAAGCAUCCCCAACUGCUUUACGAAGCCAAGUUAUACAAUAUCCUUCAAGGGGGAAGUGGAAUUCCGAACAUUAAAUGGUCCGGCAUAGACGGCGAGGACAAUGUGCUAGUUCUCGAUUUGCUGGGACCAAGUCUUGAGGAUUUGUUUGUGUAUUGUGGGAGAAAGUUUUCACUCAAGACUGUCUUAAUGUUGGCCGAUCAAAUGAUUACGAGGAUAGAGUUUGUGCACUCGAAAGGUUUUCUGCAUAGAGACAUAAACCCUGAUAACUUCCUCAUGGGUCUUAGGCGAAAAGCAAAUCAGGUUUACAUAAUUGAUUUUGGUCUUGCAAAAAGAUAUCGAGACUCCACAACCAAUCGUCACAUCCCUUACAGGGAGAAUAAAAACUUAACAGGAACUGCACGUUAUGCAAGCUGCAAUACUCAUCUUGGAAUUGAGCAAAGCCGGCGUGAUGAUUUGGAGUCUCUUGGAUAUGUUCUUCUGUAUUUUCUCAGAGGAAGCCUUCCGUGGCAGGGUUUAAAAGCUGCCACAAAAAAGCAAAAGUAUGACAAAAUUUGUGAGAAGAAGUUAUCAACCCCUAUUGAGGUUCUAUGCAAAUCUCACCCGGUGGAGUUUGCGUCAUAUUUCCAUUACUGCCACUCACAGACAUUUGAUCAGCGGCCUGAUUAUGGAUUCUUGAAGCGCCUAUUCCGUGAUUUGUUUACUCGUGAAGGAUAUGAAUUUGAUUACAUAUUUGAUUGGACCAUCAUAAAGUACCAGCAGUCACAGAACAAUAGAACUCAGUCUCAAUUAUCCCCAGUUCCUGGACGAAGCAACAGUCAUGCGAUGCCAGUGCGUGUAGAUAAUCAUCAAGUGGCAGGAGGUGCUAGUGCUUCGUAUCCAGCUGAGGUCACAGAACGAAUUAGAUCAAACAAUGCCACUGGUCCUGGUGUUCGGAUGCAAUUUAAACCAUCAACAGGCAGGAAUUUGAAUUAUGAUAAUCCUCUUGAAAAGAAUAUUGCAAAUGAAGCAUACCUGCCGUCUACUUCAUUUUCUGGCACCUCAAGAAGGAAUUCCACAAAGCCUAUUUUGCCCACUGAAGCUGCAAACACUGGUCAUGGACAUGGCAAUAAAGUAGGUCCUUCGAGUAGUUGGAUUCAGUCACUGCAGCGCAUCUCUUCAGCCAAGUGACCUAUAUGAUUUUCUCCAGAAGAUUCUAGCACAUCUUUGAAGCUGCAAUUUAAUGGUCAAAUUUGCAAUCUAUUCAUGAAGAUCUUGGUGAUGCGUCUUUGGAGACAUUGAGUUAGUUCCUUCGUUGGUGCAAGCUUGUUAUGUUUUUUUUUCCUUAAUGCGACUAAAAAUGUGUUGGUUACGAAAUAUGGAAUACCCAAAGCUUGGAUUCUGUGCUGUACAUAGAUCUCAUAAGUGUCCCGGCAAUCUUGUAUUUAAGUUUUUCUUGUAACAUGAAUGAUGUGUAUACUAUUUUUUUCCCCGUUCUUGUUAUUAGAUAAUAAGUUGUCUCUCUGCAGUUUGAUUGUUGUUGACAGUGUUUCUCUAUUUUAAUAUUCCUAAAAGUGGCUGUUGUGACAUUAAAUAUAUAUAUUUUGAAUGAAGAAGCAUCAUGGCCUGAUUGGCUUUGAGAAAA